ACGCGACGCUUCUGUGUUUGUGGGCCGAGUUCGCUGAACACAAAUCUAGGCUCAGUUAACCAUACCGCCAGCGUUAACUUAAUUAAAGCAGUAGGUGGAAGACACAUAUCUGACCGUGUAUCAGUGGGUAGGGGCGAUUUCUAGCAUUAGGCUAUGAAUUACCAUACAGUGAACAGUAAAAUGUCAGUUUACGUACAUUAAAGUAGUGUGUAAUACUGUCCAGAAUUGUUUUUAUUUUAAAGUAGCCAAAUCAGUAUUUAAUGUAACAGUAACACAUAUGUACCUUUUAAUCGUUUUCCUUAGUUAUAUAUAUUCAGAAAGCAGUUUCCAUGAUAAAACAAUAUAGAAAACAACGCGUCUUGGCGACUUUGCAAUCGUGCCUAUAAAUGUAAAGUUGUCGAAACGUCAUACCUCAAACCUCACUCUAAAAAAUUAACGGAUACGGAUUCAACGCAAAGUUUAUGGUUCAAAGUCCAGGAGGAAAAUUUGCUGUCGAAUUGCUGAUUACUAGAAACUGGUUCUGUAGUUAUAGACCGUGACAAUGAACGAACCUAGUGAAAUUAACGAUCCGGAUGCAGUGUUAUGGAUGGUUGCCUAUGCUAUUCCAGCAAAUCUGUGUUUAUUGAUUGCCAUUAAACCACAUGUAACAGAGACACUACUUUGGAGGAGAAUUGCUAAACUUCAUGUGCUUAUUUCGACCGCUGUUGUUUCCAUGAUGGGAUGGACUCUGUAUAAAGAGCACAUCACAAAUAUCUUCCAGCAAGAGGAGGGAAGGGAAUUCUCUGGUCUCAUGUUGAUACUUGUCUGGCUUCUCCUGUGUCAACACUCUGGAUGUUCUAUUGGGGCUCUCAGACUGUCUGUUGCUGUUGCCAUCACAAUCUUCCCCUUUGUGGCCUGGCUGUACUACUACAUUAACAAGGAGCUGAGGACCAGCUGGCCCCCGCAUUGUAAAACUGCACUGUAGAUAUCCAUUCAUUAAGAUAGUCCAGUGAUGAGUGAGCAACAUAUCUGCGGGUUGGAACAUUUACAAGAGGAUAUGACCUAGCUACAGUGGCAGUAUGGAAAUCAUGAAUGCAUUGUUUAAAAAGACACAUGUAAAAAAGCACCCCUACUAAACCAUACAUCUAAAUAAGUGACAAUGUCAUCAAUUAGAAUGUAUAUGAUUGAUACAUUUUCCUUUUUUUACUGGAAUCAUACUUUUCUCUUUCUGAACAUUUUUGUUGUUGUAGGCAACCCAUUGCACUUGUGGUGAUAUCUGGUGUAAUCACAGUAAAAUAAAGCAAUUUAAUAAGAAA